GUGUGUGUGUGUGUGUGUGUGCGAGUACCACGUCUUUUAAGCGAAACUCUCAGCAAGGCCGGGUCUUCUUCUUCUCUCCACCGAUUCUUCUUCUUUAUCGCCGGUCAUUAUUACAAUUUCCAACCUGACUAAGUGUCAAAUGCACAACUAAGUUUACCAGUAACUACUAUUAAAGUUGGUGUAGGUACCAGGCGCCACGUGUGACAGACAACCCUCCUCUCUAAGGCUGCUACUACAGAGUAAUCUAUCUGCCGAGACUCCUUCCUAGAUCAACCGAUUUAACGAUACUCCAAUAAUAGUGAAGUGUGACUAACGAGAUACACACUAUCUCCAUUCUCUUGAUUGAACGAGUAUCCUUCAGUCUCCUCCCUACAGCCGAUAUAAACUACAAUGGACGACGUGGCUACUUCUCGUAUGGGAACUCGAGUGUAUAUUGGUCGUUUGUCUUACCAUGCCAGAGAGAAAGAUGUGGAGAGGUUUUUCCGCGGAUUCGGUAGAAUCAGAGAUAUCAUGCUGAAAAAUGGCUAUGGAUUUGUUGAAUUUGAAGAUUAUAGGGAUGCUGAUGAUGCAGUAUAUGAGUUAAAUGGUAAAGAACUAUGUGGCGAGAGAGUAAUUGUGGAACAUGCUCGUGGGUUACCAAGGAGUGAGGAAAGUUGGCGUGAUAGAGAUAGGGGUUCACGCUUUCCACCCCGUCGCCGAGGAGGCAGAGACAACAGGUAUGGGCCUCCCACAAGGACAGAGUUCAGACUUAUAGUCGAAAAUUUAUCAUCUAGAGUCAGUUGGCAGGAUCUCAAAGACUAUAUGCGACAGGCUGGUGAAGUGACAUAUGCUGAUGCUCAUAAGGACCGUAAAAAUGAGGGAAUUGUAGAGUUUGCCACAUAUUCAGAUAUGAAAAAUGCCUUAGAUAAAUUGGAUGAUACAGAAAUUAAUGGGAGGCACAUAAGGUUGAUUGAAGACAGACCCCGUAAGCGUAGGCGCAGCUCUCGCUCUCAUUCACGUAGCCGAUCAAGGUCCCGAUCUCGGUCCCGCAGAAGGAGCCGGUCUCACUCUCGUUCUCGAUCUGGGUCUCAUCACAGUCGAUCCCGUUCCGAACAGUCUCGGUCUCGUUCUAGAUCAAGAAGUAGGCAGUCUGCAAGCCGCAGUCCAAGUAAAAGCAGGAGCAAGAGUCCUAGCCAUUCCAGAUCCAACACGCCACGGUCACGGUCAGUAAGCAAGAGUAAAUCUAAGUCACGGUCUCCUUCACCAUCCCGUUCUAAGUCUAGAACUCCGGAACCAAAGGAAAAUGGUUCACCAGUUGAAGAAAAUCAAGUCAAUGACAAAGAUGCUAAAGAAUGAUAAUUUGUGCAAUUUAAUUUUAUUUUUUAAUAUUUGUAAACAAAACCAUCCCUUGACCUGUAUAAGACUUAAAGGUCUCACUGCAGUUUGUUUUCCCCACUCAUCACAGAAAUUUGUAUCCUGCCCUUUCAUUCUUCAAGGCAUUUAAUCAUUGUAAAUAGUCAUCAUCUUUUGGGAGAUUUUCUCAAAAACUAAUUACAUCCCCAUUUUUAUUUAGUAAAUGGAUAGUUUUGGUUGUUCUUGAAAAACUAUUUCACUCCAAAACUAUUUCACUUAAUUUACACAAACAUUUUGAUUUUGUCAUUGAAGUAGGUCUAAAAAUAAAACGACAUUCAUUGGUUACUUUUGCAGUUUUAUUUUUAUUUCUUUAGCCUCUGCUUUAAGAAAUAUACAAUUGGCUUUUUAUUCUGAACAUGGGUUGACAAUUUCUUAAGAGUAUAUAUGUAAGCAAGAUUUAAGAAUAGUUAGAUAAAUAUUUAAAAAUCAAGACGUUUUGUGUAUGUGACUGGAUCUUGAAAGAUGCUGAAAAGCUUUGAUGGCUCCUUUUUCAAAUGCUAGGCUUUUGCAUCUUCAAUAUUGUACUGUGAUCUUAGUCAAUAAAAUUGGCAACAUCUGCUGAGAUAUAAACUUGAA